UUCCUUCAUAUCUGUAUUGCACUACCACUGCAUUAACACUUUUUUUUUUUUUUUUUUAAAUUGCAGAACAGUGACAGUUUAGUCAGAAUAAAACAUUAGUGGGAGAACAAGUGAAAAACAAACAAAAAAAAAAGUGGUUUCACAGCUCUCAUUUCCUGUCAGUGAAAUAUGUGCAAGUUCCUCAUUCAGCAAACUUCAAGCCAUCGUGUUUCAUCAAGACUUGAAACAAGGUGCGGUGGACUAGACAACAUUUACAUAGUGUUAUCUUGUUAAAAUAACUGAUUUUCAGAUUUGAUGAUUGAAUCCUGUGUGCAGAAGAACAUCUAGACUUCAUUAGUAAAUUCUAUGUUAACCUGCUUACAGGCAUCAUCUAUGAAGAGGACAUCAUGAAAUCCAUUCUCAGUACUUGUGCACUGUUUCUGGUACUUCCAUGGAAACUAACUGGGGAGACGACCCUUAUACCAAGCAGCACCCGGCAGCAUGAAGAUACCUUUAAACAUCAUGAAACAACCAUAAGGGGUGAUGAGCCCAUCAUUUUCUCUUCAAAAACCUCUGAACUUCCUUUGAAGCCAAAUGGUGAGACAACCCAUAGCCCAAGCAGCACUAGGGUGCAUAAAGAUACCUCUAAAGAUAAAAAAAACCAGGAAGAGUACACCACUAAGGAAGGCAAAAAAGUCUUACCUACACAAUUGCCCCCACAAAACUCAAAGGACCAGUAUGUUACAAGUGAGAGUGUUGCUGAACAUCUACCCCACGCAAUGACAGUCUCUACAGGAGAAAGUAGGUCCUCUUUACAACGGUCCUCCUUGCCUUUCUCGACAGAAUUAACACAAAAAAAGACUGACCAAAUUACAACUGCCACCAGAGAUGACCAUCAAACAUUACAUAAUUUUAAAUCCACUAGUAAAGACCGUGAUAGACACACUCAAGGAAAAAAAACUACUAGAUCUGGAGAGAAUGAAUCCUUCACGCCACAGACUGAUAUUUCUACUAAUUUCCAAAAAACUCCAGAAGUUAUUACAAAUCAAUCAGGAGUAGAAGUACAGACUACAGAAACACUGACUACUAAAUUGUCUACACUUCCCCAAGAAAAAGAAAGCACACAAUCUCCAAUACUGAAUAUCACUGAUUCAAAGGUCACUCUGGACAUUAGCAAUGAAGAUAGACAUGACACAACCACCUACUCACUCAACACAUCGACUACCACUGGCUUUUCCACUGGUCUUAGUCCAACUGUUAACACAGAGGUUGGUACAACUGGUACUACUGAUACCAUGGAUACGAAUGCAACAUAUGAAAUAACCACAAAAGACAUGACUAGUGAGAGAACAUAUUCCACCUUUAAUAGAGAAACCAUCCCCACCACUCAAACAGACAACAGCCAAACUACUACAUCAAAAGCCCCUCUCGAUGAUAAUAAUAAAAGCCAUCCGGGACAAAUAGUAGCCUCCUUGAUUGGUAGUAUUCUGUUUCUUAUGUUCGUAGCAUUUGUUGUGGUUUUGUUAAGAAAUCAUCAAAUAAAGAAAAAGCAGACGGAGAAUCCUGACUGGGCUGGCCCUUCACCAUUCAUUGACGCUGAUAUCCAACCUAACCUACCAACCAUCAAUGAGGAUGGACCAUUCCAUCGUCAAGAGUCCAAAAGAAUUUCCCUCCACUCAUUCCUUCCCCAGCGGCUUUCCAAGCGGCUAUCUAUGUUGAGCCCAAUGGAUGAGGAGGUCCCCCUUGAGGACACUCAAGCAAGCAGUACGUUUGGGCAAAGUGAUGUCCAACCACUACAUGGAAAAGCAACACCCGACCAAAUUCAGACACAUGAAGCAAACAGUCCACCUUCUGAGGUCUCUUCAGACUCCAACAUCCCUGAGACUGUUAGCGUUCCUCCAGCUGCUGAAAACAAUGAGAAUAUCCAAACAACACAUCAACUUGAUGAUGAGAUCAUUCCAUCUCCACCUGCAGAAACAAACAGUGCCACUCCAACUCCAUUUGAAGAUGUGGAUCUUAAUCUUUCCCUGGACAAGAAUACUGAAUCCACAUCACUAUCAGAUGCUAUACACAUCCCUUCUGUGCCACCACUAGCACCAUCUUAGAAAUGUUGAAAAACCAUUAGCAAACACAAGCUAUUAUUGAAAAGAUAGCACUCUGUAUGCUUUUAAAACAAAUGACUUGCAGAAAAGAAAGAUUUGUACACAGCACAAAAGGGGGAAAAAAGACUCAGUUUCCAAGACUCUAGCUUUGUCAAUCAGUUCCCUCAAAGAGGAAAAAUCACUUAACGGUAGUAAAGUCAUUAGCAAAGUUUCUUUAAAGCAAAUAUUCACUGUUUCAGCUGUUAAGUUAAUUAUAUAACUUAUAUAUAAGUUAUAUAUAAUAAAGGUUUUUGGUAUGUAAAAAAAAAACCCAAAAAUCUCAAAACACGUGAUUUGUGGACACUAUUAGUAAAUAGCACUGGAGCAUUAAAAUACUUCCUUUACAACAAGAGAGAAUGUGACUUUGUAGGAUGUGAUUUACUCUUAUUCUGGGGGAAGAUGACACUGCACAUAAAACCAGAAUGAGUUGAGAGCAAGAGACUGAGACAGUAAGAAGCAAUUUCUGAGUAAAUUACAGCAGUGUUGCAUGCUACAGCGUUCAGUUCCUUUUUGAGCAGCAUGUCGGAGUUUGUCUGCCUUUUUUUUUUUUUUUUUUUUUUUUUUUUUUU